AUGGCAGCGCGAUCCCGGAGACCCUGGCUGAGCGUGGUGCUGGGGCUGGUGCUGGGUUUCACUGCCGCCUCCUGGCUCAUCGCCCCUAGAGUGGCCGAGCUCAGCGAGAAGAAGCGGCGCGGCGCCAGCCUCUGCUCCUACUACGGCCGCGCGGCGGGGCCGGGGGCGGCCCGAGGCGCGGCGGCGGCGGGCGGGCAGCAGGCGCCGCCGGGGGCAGCGGCGGUACUGGGCGGCACGAGUUUCAGGAGCAGCCCCUGGGAGCUGCCGCCGGCGGCGGCGGAGGGCACGGUCUCCAGCCCCGCUGCCGGCGGGGAAGGGGAGCCGGAGGAGGAGGACGAAGGAGGCGAGAAGCGGAGCGGCCGGCCUGGCGGCAGCCACAACGGGAGCGGGGACUGGGGGGGCGCGCAGGGCUGCACCAAGCCCCGCAACUUUCUCUAUGUGGGGGUGAUGACGGCCCAGAAGUACCUGGGCAGUCGGGCGGUGGCGGCGCAGCGGACGUGGGCGCCCUCGGUGCCGGGCCGCGUGGAGUUCUUCUCCAGCCAGGGCUCCGCCGCGCCUCCCGGGAUGCCCCCGCUGCCCGUCGUUGCCCUGCCGGGAGUGGACGACUCUUACCCGCCUCAAAAGAAGUCCUUCAUGAUGAUCAAGUACAUGCACGACCACUACCUGGACAAGUACGAGUGGUUCAUGCGGGCGGACGACGACGUCUACAUAAAAGGUGAAAAAUUGGAGGAGUUUCUUCGCUCACUGAACAGCAGUAAACCUCUGUAUUUGGGGCAGACUGGUCUGGGUAAUAUUGAAGAACUCGGAAAACUCGGGCUGGAGCCUGGAGAAAAUUUCUGCAUGGGAGGGCCAGGAAUGAUCUUCAGCCGGGAAGUUCUCCGGAGGAUGGUGCCACAUAUAGGUGAAUGCCUUCGAGAAAUGUACACCACUCAUGAAGAUGUGGAAGUGGGCAGGUGUGUCCGGAGGUUUGGAGGAACUCAGUGCGUUUGGUCCUAUGAGAUGCAGCAAUUGUUCCACGAAAACUAUGAACACAACCGCAAGGGUUACAUUCAAGAUCUUCACAACAGCAAGAUCCACACAGCCAUAACACUUCAUCCAAACAAAAGACCUGCCUACCAGUAUAGGCUGCACAGUUACAUACUGAGUCGCAAAAUUUCUGAACUGCGCCAUCGGACCAUCCAGCUCCAUCGAGAAAGCGUCCUGAUGAGCAAGCUCAGUAACACUGAAAUAAAUAAGGAAGAUCAGCAACUGGGAGUGGUGCCAUCUUUCAAUAACUUCCAGCCACGUGAAAGGAAUGAAGUCAUCGAGUGGGAGUUCCUGACAGGAAAGUUUCUUUACUCAAUGGUGGAGAACCAGCCACCCCGGCAGAGCCUGAGCAGCGUCCUGCGGGCUGCACUGGAUGAUACUGUGAUGCAGGUCAUGGAAAUGAUAAAUGAGAACUCCAGAUCUAGAGGAAGACUCAUUGAUUUCAAGGAAAUACAGUAUGGGUACCGCAGGGUAGACCCUCUGCAUGGAGUAGAGUACAUUCUGGAUUUACUGCUUUUGUACAAAAGGCAUAAAGGAAGGAAAGUUACAGUUCCAGUGAGACGCCAUGCUUACCUUCAGCAAUUGUUUAGCAAACCUUUCUUCAAAGAAGCGGAGGAGCUGGAUGUAAAAAGCUUGCUGGAGGACACCAACAGUGACACUCAAUCUUUCUCUUUCCUUUCAAAUUCUUUAAAGAUUUUUUCCUCAUCAUUCCAAGGCACCAAAGACACUGGGGGACAGAGUGACAAGAAAAUACAUAUUCUUGUCCCUAUCAUGGGAAGAUUUGAUACUUUCUCAAGAUUUAUGGUUAAUUUUGAGAAGACUUGUCUGAUUCCCAAGCAGAAUGUAAAGUUGGCAAUAAUUCUCUUCAGUUCUGAUUCGGAGCCAGACUCUAGCAAACACAUAGAGCUAAUGAAAGAAUACAGCAUUAAGUAUCCCAAGGCAGAUAUAACCCUGAUUCCAAUGUCAGGAAAGUUUUCUAGAGGUCUGGCUCUUGAGAUGGCCUCGUCUCAUUUUGACAAUGACACUUUGCUGCUGUUCUGUGAUGUUGACCUAGUAUUCACAUCAGACUUCCUCCAGCGAUGCAGAGAUAACACUAUUCAGGGAGAACAGGUUUACUACCCUAUCAUCUUCAGCCAAUACGAUCCAAAAGUAAUAUAUGGAGGCAACCCUCCAGCUGACAGUAGUUUUGUUUUCACAAAAAGAACUGGAUUUUGGAGGGAGUAUGGAUUUGGAAUUACCUGUAUUUACAAAAGUGACCUACUUACUGCUGGUGGAUUUGAUACCUCGAUUCAAGGCUGGGGACUUGAGGAUGUAGAUCUCUUUACUAAAGUGAUAACGUCUGGCUUGAAGGCCUUCAGAAGUCAGGAAGUAGGAGUUGUCCAUAUUUUUCAUCCUGUUCAGUGUGACCCCAACUUAGAUCCGAAACAAUAUAAAAUGUGCUUAGGGUCCAAAGCAAGUACAUUUGCCUCUACCAUGCAGCUCGCUGGACUCUGGCUACAGAAACAUUUGGGUGUCAGGUACAAUUGGACUCUCUCCUGACAACUCAGCCUAUUUGGCCUUUUUAGGGGAGUUUACCUCAUUGCUGUUCUUUGAUUUUGCUGUUGUAGUUUUAAACUCCCUCCUUGUAGUCUUCCAAA